AUGUCCGAAACCAACCUCAAAGAAACCUUUUACCGCAAAUUUCAAGAUGAUGUCGCAUCACUUGAGGCCCAAAUUUCUUCCCUUCCGGACAUACCAACUGCAAGUCAUGAGCGCAACGAAGCCAUAGAGCAGUGUCUGGCGGGCAUAGACCGCCUAUCGCACGAUGUCAUGGACGCGUCUAGUUAUCUGCCUGCGUAUGACCAGCGAACAUAUAGCGAGACCAUCAAGUCCCUCUCCGAAAAGCUCCAAACCAUAAGAAACGCCUUUGACCCCCCCAAGAAAUUCAGCUUCAAAAACAAAAGGAAAGAAGCAAAAGUAUCAUCUAGCAUCUCAGCACCCGCAAAAGAACCAGCUAGUACUUUGACCCCACCACCACCAUCACAACAGCAAGACGACACCCCAUCCGACCUCACCCACAAAUCCUCAACCCGCAUAACUCUCGCUUCAACCCCCUCGCCCAAAACUUCGCCCACAGUAUCCCACCUGGUCAACUGCAUCGUCAACCUCACCACGAGCAAAACACCCUUCGCAACCCUCUACCUCCGCAACAUCAAAAAUAGCCUCAUACUCUGCGGCCACGUCGCAGGCCCCAUCCACAUUACGCACGUGACAAAUAGCGUACUCGUCAUGUCGUGCCGCCAGUUCCGCAUGCACGAUAGUAAAAAUGUGGAUAUCUAUUUGCACAGUGCGAGUCGUCCGAUUUUCGAGGAUUGCGAGGGACUGAGGUUUGCGCCGUUGCCGGGGUGUUAUGUUACACCUCAGAUAUCGGAAUCGCCGAAUCUGUGGGACCAGAUUGAUGACUUCAAGUGGCUCAAGGCUGAGCCGAGUCCUCAUUUUAGCAUCAUCCCAGAGGAUAAACGUAUCUCCGAUCACGUAUGGGCCAACAUAGUGCCGGAGGAAAAGGGUGUCUCCUUGCAAGAUGUCCUAACUGCUGUCAACAUCCAGCCAUGA